AUGACUGAGAAAAAAGGUCACGCGACGCAAGAUGGCGGCGCGCUUGCAGCAGAAAAUUUUCGUGUCGGAGUACGCGUACCUCCUUUCAAUCCCGAGAAGCCUGGUCUAUGGUUCCACCAGAUGGAGGCCCAGUUCGUCCUGGCUAAUAUCAAGGUGGACGAAACAAAAUUCUUCUACAUAAUCGGGCACCUAGACCCACAAUAUGCAGACGAAGUAGAAGACAUAAUCGCCAACCCUCCAGCGACCGAAAAAUACACCAAGCUUAAAAGUGAGCUCAUCAACAGACUUUCGGCGUCGCGGGAGAAGAAGGUGAUGCAGCUUCUCAUGCACGAGGAGCUAGGCGACAGGAAGCCGUCGCAGUUCUACCGGCACCUCCUCCACCUGGCUGGUCCAGGUGUUCCAGAGGAGUUCCUGAGGACCAUCUGGACGAGCCGUCUCCCCGCUGGCACUCAAGCCAUUGUGGCGUCGCAGUCGAAGAGAGAUCUGGCUGAGCUGGCUGAGUUGGCGGACCGGAUUCAUGACGUCGUCGGCACACAGGUGGCGUCUACGGCAGCCAUCACUACAACUGCAACCUCUCCAAGCCCUUCAGGUAACAGCGCACAAUCCGAGAUUGCUGCGCUGACAAAACAAGUGGCAAUGUUAGCGGAAAGAGUCGAACGAUUGUCCCGGCCAAGAGGAAGAUCCAGUAGUCGUACGCGUCACCGUUCCAACACCAGAUCGGCUUCCAGCUACAAAAUGUCCCCGCUCUGCUGGUACCAUCAAAACUUUGGGGAGCGAGCGAGGAAAUGCGUGAAGCCGUGCGACUAUCCCAAUUCGGGAAAUGUGCGGGGCAAUCAGUAA